AUGCAAGACGACAGCGAUCGGAAUGUUUAUCACUUUCGAGGUGCAAAAGACGAGACUGUUCCCUCCAUGGUACAAACCGUAGUGGUGGACCAAAGUGUCACCGAGUUGCCGGACGCUUUUGGCAAUCGAUUGCAUCGCAGAGUCAAAGAAUUGAUUCUGAAAGGAGUAAAGGUCAUCGGAAAAGAUGCUUUUCGCAAGUGUGGUUUGCAACAAAUCACAAUUUAUACUGCGAAUACUCAAGCCAUCUCUACCAGAGCCUUUGAAAUGGCCACCUGCUUGGAGAAUGUUGACUUUGUCUCACCAUCACCAUCCAAUAAUGAGCAUGCGUCAUUAUCGUCAUCGGAAGGAAAAGAUCUGACAGUGAUUGAAGAGGAAGCCUUUGUGGAUUGUUCCUCCUUGCAACGAAUUAAGAUCCCAUCCACUGUCAAGAUGAUGGGCAAGCAUGUCUUUGCGGAUUGCUCUUCCCUGGUGGAAGCAAAUCUAUCAAAACCUUGUAUGAAAAUGAUAGCACCUUGUACUUUUGAAUCCUGCCGGUCCUUGCAAGCCAUAAGUCUACCUGGGACUCUGGAGUGCAUUGGUCACUUGGCGUUUCGGGAUUGCUGCUCACUGGUGACGGUGGAGAUUCCAGCUGCUGUGGAAUCCUUGGUCAUUCAAGAGCGGGCCUUUUCGAAUUGUCAAAGGCUUAUGAAUCUGACACUUCCAGCGAACUAUUCGUCGGAUGAAACUUCCUUUGAAGGAUGCAAACUGCUCGAGGAAAGCUUUGGCAAGGACGAGGCUGAGUUCCUGGAGGAUCUUGACGAUGAAACAGAUAGUACUGUCGAAAGUUCUUUGGGUUGCCGCAUUGCCGCAGGCUUGAGUAACCGUUUUCGGUUGCACCCUAUUCACAAGCUAUGUUAUCAUUCCUCCACUACUACAGUGGAGGAAUUUCGUCGUGCAGUCCAAAACCAACACCAAGAUCCAGCGCCUAACAACAAAAACACUGGUGAUAAUAUUUGCACCAUGAAGAUGACUCCAUUUCAUAUCCUUUGUUCCUCCGUCGAGCCCCGCCAAGAUCUGUUUGAGAUCCUAUUGUUGUUGAAAGAAGAAGAAGACAAGAGUAAUAACAAGUGCCACCCCUCCUGGCAACAAGUUCUAAGACAAAAAGACGCAAAUGACAAGCAAGCCAUGGACUACUUGAUUACCAACUGGACGCCCAAGACCGCAGCAUUGCUCGAAAUGACCGCCCGGCGAUGGAUGCUGGAUCCAUCUUUCCUGAAGAAUCAGCAGCAUCCCUGGGAUAGUACUCCUGAUCCUAGAUCCAGCAGGAGGUUGGGCAUGGAGCGCAGAGUGAAUGCCGUAAUGAAUGUCAGAAACACCAAAGAAACCAGAUCCUUUUUGUGGAACAAGGCAUCUGACAUGUUCGAGGUGUACACAAAACUGGAAUCCAUUUCGAUUUUGGAAUUGGCCUUGUGGCACAAACAAAUCAAGAGUGGUGGCAUGAUGAAUGUCAAUCGCACCAAGAAAAUAAGUCUGGAUCGGGACCAGUGCCUUAGUCAAUGUGGAUCGGGUGUAGUGCUCCCUACUAUUGGUGCUUUCUUGGGUUUGGAACUACUAGUAGUGGCACAUUCGAAUCCUGCUUCUAGGAACGACGAUCGGCUUUGGAGACAUCUACAAGUAUGA